AUGGAUCAAGAAAUGGACGAAUAUAAAACUCCAACUGCCUCACGAAACAAUACGCAAAAUAUGGUUAUAGAUGUCAUGUCACGAAACAACACGCAACAGACGGAUCAAAAUAUGAUUGAUGACGAAUAUGAGUCCUUAAACGAAUCACGAAACAAUACACAACAAACAAAUCAAGAAUUGGACGAAAACGGUGAAGAUAAUGAUGAAAGUCCUCCUUCUACUAAAAAAAGAAAACGAACCACAAAGAAAAAAGGAGAAACCCUAGAAGAUAACGAGACAUCAACCUCCAUCAAUAAUUCAAACAAACGUGCUUCAGCUACUGUUCGUAAUAAAUCCAAUACGAUAAAAUCAAAGAAAAAAGCUGUUCCUCAAACUGCAACUUCUGAUAUCGAAGAAACCAAUGAUAAAUCAACAAUUUCAGAAAAACCAGCAAAGACCAAAAAAUCUGUUGGUAGAAAUCCUUGGACCAUAGAAGAUGACAAAAGGUUGGUCGACGCAGUUUUGGUAAACCUACAAGACGUACCUUGGUCCAAGAUCGCUCGUGAAAAUUUUCCCAAUCGUGACAGAUCAGGUUGUUACAGCAGAUGGAAUGUGAUCAAGAAAAGAUUAUAUCAGGACACACAUAGUGGUGGAAGUAAUUAA